CUAGUCUAUUUUUUUUAUAAAAUCAAUCGACUUAUCGGCUUUCUCUAUUCAGUUGGAAACGGCCUUUGAUUUUUUGCUAUUUACCCAACCAUUGGCCAACUUAAAAUUAUUUCUUCGACAAAGUCAUAUGUAGAUUAGAUUAAAAAUUAUAGAAACGAUUAACAACCACAUAGCAAAACUUAACGGAUAUAAUGGACAACUUAAAAAAGCUGAUAAGGUCGUAUGAGACAUGGGUAGCAGCAAAUCCUGAAACUGUUUGCGACGUUGAGACCACAACAAAAUGGGUUUCUUAUUUCAUUGCUGGACGCAUUUCAGAUUCUAAUGUGGUUUCCGAGCUUAUUUACACAUUAUCCAACAUGUUGGUACUAUAUAAUGACCGUAUAAUUGAUAAAUCACAAAACAAAAGAUUUUCAACUGGAUUACAACCUGUAAAUUAUGAUGCCAGUACUAGUGCGGUAGCGUACAAGAACAAUAAAAAAUCACAGCAUGUCUACCGUCUAAAGGUCAUUCUCACCACAUUAGAAUAUUGCGAAGUGUUCAUCGAGAUUUCAGCUAAACGUAUAUUUGGCGUAAGGGGCAAAUGGUUAUUUGUUGCACUGGUGCAAUUUGCCAAAGCCGCUGGUCGAUUUUUCAUUCUUCAGCACACGACGGAAAAAAUUAUCACAACACCUGCUCUACCUGCACUUAAUCGUCGUGCGCUUAUAAAGAAACAAAAGGACGCAAUGAAAAAUGGCUAUGUAAUGGAAGAGUCAUCAGCAGAAUCUGAAAAAUCGCUUUCUAAUGGAUUUGGUGACAGUUGCGGUACAUUCCAAUUGAAACGUUCCGGUCGAGUAAUGCGCAAAAUUGAAGGAGCGCCACCCCUACAAUAUCGUGACUUUAAAUUAGCUGAAGAACAACCGAAAAAAAAUGGUAACCAACCAAAGAACUAUGCCUUGAUACAAGCUGAAUAUUUAUAUAUCGCCAAACCCUUGAUACAUCUGGCCGCGAUGGGUGUGUUUGGUGAGAAAAAAUGGAACCAGUAUGUACUUUCGUUAACAUUGGAUUUGAUCACUAUUCGUAUGUACCAUCAACACCGGCACGAGAUGAGUAAAGAGCAGAAGGUAGAAAUGUCAAAACGUUGUAUGAAUCUAUUGCUGUAUUUAGUGCGCUCACCCUUAUAUGAACGCGUAACGCACUCACGAAUAGAUCGUGUAUUAGGUUUUGUGGCUGACAAUGUGCCAUUGGUUAAAAUGAUCGCCGGACCAUUACGUGAAUACUUACCUUAUUGGCAGGGUACAUACUUCUACUUGUGGUCUACGUAAAUAUACAAACAAAUGUUUAUAUGUAUGUAUGUAUAUUAACAGGCAAUUGAAAUCAUUGCGAUGUAUUUUUUAUUUAAAGUUUACAAACCCAAUUAUAUCUCACUAUUAAGAAAUGUAUGUAGUUUAUUUUAUUGUGGAUGGUAUUUAGUUAUGAUGUGAGCCUUGAUGCUUAUCUUUAUUCUGGUUAAGAAAUAAAAGUGUACUUUUGUAAAACUA